CUUAGUUGUUAGUUAGCUGCGGGUAUCAGCUUGAUUAUUUUUGGAAUUCCAAACAAACCCAGAGAUCAAAUCUGCGACAUAUUCGGGUUGGAAGAAAGAAUCAUCAAAUAUGGAGGUAGAGCCGUUUAGGAACAAGACUGAGAAACCAUCAAUGGAUCACCCGCACACUACAACUUCAGACGCCGCCAGAGUCCUCAGGAAGAGGCGGAAACGCAGAAACAUCUGUUUCGGAGCCAUUGCCUUGUUGGUUUUCAUCAUCAUCUUGAUCAUCAUCUUAGCCUUCACCGUCUUCAAAGCCAAGCGCCCCGUCACCACCGUCGACUCCGUUUCCUUAUCCGACCUAAAUUUCUCCGUCGAUUUGGCCAGGUUCAGAGUUCUGCUCAACGCCACCCUCGACGUCGAUCUCUCCAUCAAGAACCCUAACAAGGUGGGAUUCAAGUACAGAGACUCCAACGCCCAAUUGAAUUACAGAGGGCAGCAAAUCGGGGAGGCUCCCAUCCCGGCAGGUAAGAUCUCCGCAGAUCAAACGGUCCCCAUGAACUUAACUCUAACAGUAAUGGCGGAUCGUUUGAUCUACAAUUCGAGAUUCUUUUCGGAUGUCACAACGGGCGGCGUAUUGCCGCUUUACGCCGUGACUAGGAUUUCAGGCAAGGUUAAUGUCAUGAACCUGUUCAAGAUUCAGGUAGAAUCAUCAACUACAUGCGAUUUUACUGUCUUUUUAUCAAAUUCAAGCGUGGGGGACCAAAAUUGCAAGUACAAGACAAAAUUUUAAUCCUUUACAUACAUAUAUAGUGUGGUUGUAGGUGGUAGUAAUUGUAAUUUUCUGUUAGUGGUAGACAAAAUCAGUGUUUUAUUUGGAUUCAGAUAAUAAAUUGGUGUGCUUCCAGAUUUACAAUCUAAA